GAGGUCAAUAGAUCGAGAUCCCGCGACAAAAUGAUUUUUUCUUCGAUUCCGGCGACGGGGCCUGACUCCCGGCGGAGUUUCAUGACGGCUGCCCUACUGACACUCGUCUUGUGCAUGUCAUCGUCAGGGUUCCGCUCAGCGGGAUUUCUGUACAUCGGAAUUAUGGACACGAUGAAAGUUUCACGCGGGGAAGCGUCAUGGCCUCUGAGUCUGAUCGGCGCGGUGACACAUCUUUCCGGUGUGAUAUCGGGACCUUUGUGUCAGAUGUACUCCCCGAGGCCUCUCCUCUUGAUCGGGACGCUCAUUGCCUCCUCUGGCAUGAUGUUGUCGUCAAUUGCACAGAACGUCUUCCAACUCACGGUCACCAUGGGUCUCGUCUAUGGACUCGGGAAUGGGCUAGUUCUGACUACGACCAAUAUCUUCAUCACUCAACAUUUCGUAGAAUAUCGCGCGAUCGCUUUCGGCAUCGUAUAUGGAGGCUCGACCUUAGCCUCCGUCAUAUUCCCCACAUUGCUCCUGUGGCUGAGCGGAUUUUUCGCGUUCAACUACGUGCUCCUCACACUCGGAGGCAUACUGCUGAAUAUGUUCGUUCUCAGUUUGUUGGUUUACGAACCGGAAUACAUCGUUCAGAUGAAGAAGGAAGUCGCUGCCGACAGCACACAGAAGAGGGGAGUAAGUCUCGACAUGAUAAAGUCCUUGAUGACAACAGUUCCUUUCUACGUCUUACUCAUUUCGAACAUAGCUCUUCAAUGGGCCUUCGAUGCCUUUAUGACUACUCUCGUGGACUUCGCCAUGGACAAAGGUUGCACUUUGACGCAAGCCGUCGACCUCCUACCGUGGUUCUCCGUCGCUGAUUUCAUUGGACGGGUUAUAAUGCCAAUCGCCUGCGAUCGGGGUCUCAUCAAACGGCAAAACUUGAUCACGAUCUCCUACACCAUGUGCGGCGUGGGGUUGUCCACUCUGCCGCUUUCUUAUGACUACCCCUCGUUGGUGUGCGCGAUCCUGUUCAUGGGUCUUUUCAUGGGGACCUCCUUGGUGUUGUUCGCUUGUAUGGUUGGAGACUUUGUCGGGCUGGAACGACUCCCGAUAGCCUUCGCAAUCCUCGGUGUUUCUAAUGGAAUGUUCUUCUUCUUGAAACCCACUUUUUUCGGAUUUUUCCGGGACAAUAUAAAAUCCUACGAUGGAAUGUUUUGGUUCUGUUCCUCCCUCGGUUUAUUCACCGGCUUCAUGUGGAUCGGGCUCCUCAUCUACCUAAGACGACAGGGCGCGGAAGAGGAAAAGUCUGAUGUGGAGCUCAGCACGAGAGAAGCGGCCGCUUACAGCGCAGCCGCAGCUGUGGCACCCUCGACCGCUUUAGAGGCUGUUCGCCGAGGUUCCAUGCUCUCCGCUUGUUCCAACAUUUCGUCACCCGAAGGACUGUACGUCAAGACUCGCAUGUCGGUUGCGGUAGAUAACUUGGCGUACGUUGCUGAAGAAACUUUCGAGCAAAGACUUUGAAUUGAGAACGGAAUAAAAUAAAUAAACCCGCAUUGAAGCGAGUUUCAUUCGAAUUAA